CUGGUCUGUCAAUCACAUCACAAUGAUGAUCACAUGAAUAUAGUAACGCUGGCUGGAUGAAGAAAAAACAGUAUUCAGUUUAAAAGUUUAAUUGAAACAAAUGAUUAAUAGUUCAAUAACUAAAAUUGUGUUUUGAGAUUGUUGAGUGUUAUUCAAGAAAUGAAUAAAAUCUGCAGGAUUUGUUUGGAGGAAGGGGUGCUUUCUUCGGUUUUUACAAAGAAUUUCAAUAUAUCCUUAUGCGAUAUGAUUGAAUAUUGCUGUAAUGUGAAGAUCCGGAAAAAUGAUGGGCUGCCGGAACAAUUGUGCAGCAACUGUAUAUACAAGCUGGGAGUGGCUUACCAUUUUAAACAGACUUGUGAGAGUGCUGAUGUUCGACUCAGACAAUACUUGGGGCUGCAGUUAACAUCUAAGUACAAUGAUGCAGCUAUUAUGACUGACCCUCUGCCUAUACCACAAGCUAUAAUAAAGAAAUGCAAAUGUAGACUGUCUCAGAAAAGAAGUAGCACCAACUACAAGAAGAAACCAGAGGAAGAAAAGCUAAAGCGUGGGCCGAAACCUAAACCCAAACAAGUGCAUGCAUGUUAUGAGUGUGACAAGGAGUUCCGCUGCCAGGCACAGUUGGAGACACAUGUCAGAACCCACACCGGCGACAAGCCCUUCAGCUGCAUGUACUGCUCCCGCCGCUUCGCGCAGAAGCACAACCUGACCAUACACCUUCGGGUACACACUGGCGAGAAGCCGUUUCAAUGCGAUGUCUGCAGUAAAACAUUUUCCGCUCAGGGAAAUCUCCAGGCUCAUCUCAAAAUUCACACUGGACAAAAGGAUCAUGUUUGUUCUCUAUGUAACAAGUCGUUUAUCACAUCCAGCGAGUUAUCGCGACAUAUCAACAAACACAGAGGGGUAAAGAACUACAAAUGCGACAUCUGCGGGGCUGCUUACGCGCAAAGUAGGGAUCUGAAAAUACACAAGAUGAAAAAGCAUCAGAUUAGCACUCAAAAUACCACAACCCAAAAUGAUGCUUACAACAAUAGUAGCAACAUAGACAUCAUUGGCAUUGAUGUGGGAAAAGAGAGCUCUUUGCCAACCAAGCUGCACAGUGGGCAUAGACCUGCAGACAUCGAAAGUAUAGGCUUGGUCAGCUCUAAAGAGCUGCAUCCAGUCGCUGGGAAGCAUCCGCAGCUCAGCCAGGAGUUGUGUCAGAGUAAAGGGUUCCAACAGUACGGCAACAAGUUGGACCCCCACACCUGCACAGUUUGCGGCGAAGUGUUUGAUUACAUUACUGCUCUUGCACAUCAUUAUUUGCAUCGACAUAAAGACUGUGAACCAUUACCUAUAUUAAGUUAAUUGGUAAUAUUUAUUCCAAGCAAUGUUUUGUUGCAAGCAAGCAAUGUCACUACAUUGUUGAAAUGUUCAGUGUAUCUCUGUUGGCUAUGUGCGCCAAUGUGGCUGUUAUGAAAAAUAUUAAUCAUUUUAAAAGUGUGUAAAAAUUUAAAAAUUCGGCACCAAACUUUGUUGUGUCAUGGCUUAGCACCUAAGAUUCUAAAUGAAGGAAGAAACAAAGGGUGGCCUUCUACAAGCACUGAGGCAUACAGUCAUUUUGGACUAUAAAAAAAAAUCGAAACCUAGCAGGCAUAUGAUGGAUGGCAUUACAGGUAGCCCAAAAAAUGUUGUAUUUUUUUUUUUAAAAGUGGCAUAUUGUUAAUAAUUUCAACAAAUGUUUGUGUAUCGAAGCUAAACGAGAAUAUUUUGAAGAUGAUGAAGAAGACAUUUUACUUUAGUUACAUUAUUGUAGUUUUAAUUUAAGAGACAUUUUGUAAAAAAUGUGUCACUAAGAAAAAUAUUCCUAAAAAUUUUUGUCUACAUUUUUUUGGGUCAGCUGUCAGCCCAGUAAACAGUUAAAAGAAUGUGUCACAUUUUAAUACCAUACAAUUGUAAGAGAUUGGCACUCACUAACAUAAGAAUACAGGCCAUGAAUUUAGACAGACCCAGUUUCUAGAUUAAGGUGCAUUUUUACCGUUUUAGGGUAUAAAAUGAUUUGGAUCAAGCUUGUGUGUUUUGUAGAAUCUUACAUUAAUUUAUUAAACCAUGUUUAAAUUAA